AUGACGACGACCCUCACAAUAAUCCUCACUACUCUCCUGAUUUUCAUCUUGGUGAUCAUCUGUGUGGUGAUCAUCUCGUGCCACCUUCUCCGUCGAAUUCUCACCCGAAAGCUUCUUACCCGGAGGCACCGACUCCAAGAGCAGCGUCGCAUCAUUGAGGAAUCCCAACAAAGCGUCGAGACCCAACAGACCGAGGAGAUGCAAGGUGGCAACGAGUUCCUCAACUUACAUCAAUUUUUGCUGGAGGCCGGGGACUUCGCACCGGAUGAUUUUCGUCGAGAGUGGCUGGCCCGUCAAAGCAAUGUCUAA